CACGAUUACUGACUGGCAAAAUGGCUGGUAAGAAAAGAUCACUGAGAGGUGGAGGAAAUAUACUUGAUCUGCUAUCAGGACGCAAGAAGACGGCCGGGUCCACCAGUGCUGCUCCUCUGGAGGUUGACGGGGAUCCAUAUGACUUCAUAGAUACCCAGAGCCUCAGGCAAGACACUCGGCGGGCAAAGAGGCUACACAUUGAUGAUGACAACACGAGGGUUCCUGCCAAGAAGGAAGUACCCACGACCCCAGUGUAUGUGGAGAAGAGGUCUCUUCAUGUCACUCCAUCUAGUUCCAGAGCAAAGGCCAAUAAGAGAUCUCCUCUAUUCUUGUCCGAGGAGGAACGGCUACACCAAAGAGAAGAGGAAGAAAUAAAGAAGGCCCUAGAGGCUAGUCUCCAGGAGAAGGAGAGAGAGGACAGGAAGAGACGAAGAGAGACCAUCAGGGAAGAGAGUGAACAGAGCAAAAUUCUACACCAACUGCAGCAGAAGAAAGACAACCUUCGGGAGACCAUUGAGACUGUGAUUAGGGCCCGGGACUUGUGCAAACAAGACAUGCAGAUAGAGAGAGAUAUUCUGAGAGCUACAGAGCACAAGGAAGAAGCUACACCUGAAGAUACCAAGUCCACACAACCUCUGCCAUCAACUAAAUCAGACACGAAACAAGUGCGAUUGUCGAUGAAGAAAGUUAGUAUCAGGUCUCUAAAAUCGAAGAAGAGAAGUGAUGAAUAUAAAACUGUUAUUACAAGUAUUGUGGCUAGAGAUGCUAAGAGCAUUGCUCAAGAUGAGAAUAUAGUUGAGUCAGAUGAUGCUACCCCUCCAUUGUCUAGAGAGGCCUCUAUUGAACCACCUCCUAUCUCAACAGCUGCUCAGAGUGUUGAUAGUAUUAGAGAACAGUUACCGGUGGCAACUAAUACUGACAACUCACAUGCUGAAUAUGAUUCUAAGCUUUCUGAUGAGGCAAAUCUGGAUCUAGCUACAGCAGGUGUGUUAACACGCUCUAGCAACUUGGAGCCCAAUACUCAAUCAUCAGGUAGUCGUUCAAUACCGUUUCAAGUGGUCAGCCAUCCCUCACCCCCCACAGAGCCUAACGAACACAUGGAUACAAGUGGGAGAGGCAUAACACGAACCCCACCCCCCACAGAGCCUAACAAACACAUGGAUACAAGUGGGAGGGGCAUAACACGAACCCCACCCCCCACAGAGCCUAACAAACACAUGGAUACAAGUGGGAGGGGCAUAACACGAACCCCACCCCCCACAGAGCCUAACGAACACAUGGAUACAAGUGGGAGAGGCAUAACACGAACCCCACCCCCCACAGAGCCUAACGAACACAUGGAUACAAGUGGGAGAGGCAUAACACGAACCCCACCCCCCACAGAGCCUAACAAACACAUGGAUACAAGUGGGAGGGGCAUAACACGAACCCCACCCCCCACAGAGCCUAACAAACACAUGGAUACAAGUGGGAGGGGAAGAACUCGAAGCAGUUGUCUCAGUCUAAGUAGGAAAAAACGAAAACGAUCUUCACCCCAAAAAAUCCUGUUCCAAGAGAUGGACAAUUCGUCGCCAAUGAAGUUACCACAAGUAAAGAGAAUUAAAUCAGUUGAAGAAGUGAGCAAAGUAGUGCUGUCUAAAGAAGAGGAAGUUACUACUGUGAAGUAUGCAGCCAUUAAUGAACAUUUACCAGCAGCUACUCCAGAGGAUGUCAAGGAAAUUACUCGUGAUGUUGAUGAAACUAGUGACUCAAAUGUCAACCAAGGCAACUGCUCCAAGAGCCUGGCUUUGUCGACACAAGAUACGCGUGAUGUCAAGGAAAUUACUCGUGAUGUUGAUAAUACUAGUGACUCAAAUGUCAACCAAGGCAACUGCUCCAAGAGCCUGGCUUUGUCUACACAAGAUACGCGUUCCCCUCCACUGCACGUGUCUAGUCGGCCCUCAAUGGACGUCCACGCUCUCAACCUCCGCCUGCCUAAGAUGUACUGCCCCUCUGGAAGCUCCCCUACUGAGCACACGCCUAAAAUCAUAGAGCGAUUCAAUAGCUACUUCUCUCAACUACGCGAGGCACAGAGUAAAGUGCUGACUCGACUGAAAUGGGGAGAACCUGUUAAAAUGGGUUCUUCACAACAACUUGUAUUUGGUGUCACCACAGGACGAACAACUCGUCGCUCAAAAAUGACCCAUAGAUUUAAUUUAAUACUACCUAAAAGAACUAGGACGAAAACAGCUGUUGAGAGUUCGAAUAAAAACAAAACUUUCUCGUUAGAAGAAUCUACUCCAGAGGAAAAGGAUGAAAUGCUAACUCAGCAAUCUACAGCAAGUCAAUUGUCAGCAGAAAAUUCUCCCAUGAACUAUGAUUACGAUCAAGCGUAUGAUGCCUUGGAAUCAGACGCCAUGGAAACAGACGCUGUUAGAAGUCCUGAUAAGUCCAACUCAAUGAACGGAAGUCAACCAGUGUCACCAACUGGUGAGGAUGUGUGUGAUGAUCUGAUCAUGUUGAACACUCAGGGUGAAGUAACUACACCACACACAUCACACAUAUCACACACAUCACACACAUCACACACAUCACCCGCUGCCUCUGGAGCAUCACACACAUCACUAUCUACUUUAAAACGAUCCACUCGAUCACAAAGACAACUACCAGAAACUGUGUCCCAGAAAACACCAUCUUCCAAUCAAAAAGGAAACUCUGCCCUCGACUUUGAUAAAGAAGCGACACCUCCUUUAAACUGGCUCAAUUCUCGAUCACAAAAAGUGGGCAAUUCCAAACCCACUAGCAAUCGUAAGAGAACACCAUCAUUAACAAUGAAACGCCAAAAAAUCAGAAAACCACCAAAAUCUGCUGCUGCCAAAAUGAUACUUGAAGUCACUCCCCAAUCAGAAUCUGAGGAGGAGAGUGUUGUACUGGAGAGAACUUUGACCCCUCCUCAAGAGGACCUGAGUGAUGUGCCGGAGAGGACUUUAACCCCUCCUCAAAAGGACCUGAGUGAUGUACCGGAGAGGACUGACCUGAGUGAUGUGGAGAGUGAUGGUGUGCGGCGGAGGAGGAACAGUUUGAGGAACAAAUGGCUACCUCUGAGCAGUGAGAGUGAGUGGGAAGCUACAGUCAUGGCGGAGGAGAGGCGUGGAACAGGUGUGAUUGACCUGACGGAGGACACACAAGGGACUUCCCCUCCACCUACCACCACACACACACGUUACACUCGUAGUAGCAAACAACAGCUGUCAACGUGUCCGCUAUGCUCCAAGCAGUUCCUCCCGUCAGUCAUUGCAGUCCAUGCAGCCCAGUGCGAUGGCCUUGACAACACAUCCUCUCCCCCAUCCUCCUUUAGAACGAAGCAAACUGCCUCGAGGGCCACCAGACGAUCAUACCAACCCACCCUUCACCAACUGCAAGCAAAAGAGAAAGAGGUGUUGACUAAAACAGGGGAUCGCAUCGAUUCCGAUAGCGAUGUUUCAACAUACGGACCCCCUGAUGAGAAUGAUAACCCACUUCUGGACAAACUCAGCUCUGCACUGGACGGUAGUAUCGAAUCAGAUGACAAUCAUGUGACCACAUCAUUGAAGGAGCUACGGGUGAUUCCCACUGAGGACGGAGGCUUCAUGGUUGAUGAGAGCACUAUCAGCAACUCACCUAUACGCAGCUUCACUAAGAUCAGUGAUAUGACAGCCAAGGACAGAGAGAGAUACAGGAACCAGUUUAAUAGACCACCUCCCAAGAGUCGUGGUGGCAGAGCAGCUGUAGCUACUGGUGGAACGUGGAGCAGUGACUUCGAGGAACUUGCUGGCUCUAGUAAAGGAGGAAGGGGGCGUGGUCGAGGUGGUGCCGGGAAGCGGCGAUGGAAGUCAAGAGGCAAAGGAAAUAGAUUUUCCAAGAGAAGACCUCGAAACUGAACCCCUGCCAUUACUAUCUCAUUAUGUUAUGCUAUUUGACUGUCUACUGGUGAUCAUAUAAUUAUAAUUAUACCACUCGACUGUACCAUUUGAUGUCAAAUUAAAAUUUUAUUGUGAUCUUUUUCAUUUGAAA